AAACAGAAAGGACUUGAAGGCACACAACCACAACAACAAGAAACAACAACAAAAGUCAGAGCCUGGCAAAUCUGUUAAGAAAAAUAAAUUGUUGACACUGAAUUGGCUUUUGUCCUGCGAAAUCCUUCCAGAAUUUUUCCCUGGCCUUUCUCUAAUCCUCUUCUUUUGUUCCCUCACAAUCUCCUCUUAAUGGGGAAGGUGGAGGGCUUCAUUUCCUUGCCUUGGGGGAUCCUCAAUGCCAAGGGGGUUUGGGGCAGAGGAAGGAGACCCACCUUGACACUUCAAGGCAAUCAAUCAUUUCCCAUUGGACCCAUUAUCAUGCAUGGGAAGCCUGAGGCCCCCCAUAUGGCUUCCUAACCCCCCCCCCCCAGCUUCUCAUGUGGCUUCCUAUAAAAGCCAAGCCCAAGUCUGGUGGUCUGUCUUCCUUUACUCCUUGGGCCAAGAGAGGACCUAGAGCUCAUCCAGCCUGAUCCUUCUUCCUUCCUUGCUACAGAUAGAAGUGCUGCAAAAUGGAGGCUCUAUAUCAUGGCCCAGAAAAAGGUGCAUUUGGACAGAAGACUGAAUCUCUGGAAGGGGCAGAAGCAAUAUUAGAAAGGGCCGGGGAGUGCCUUAGGUCCCAGGGCCAGUGGACCUCCCCGCCACUGGGAAAGAAGCCAUGGGGCAACCUCAACACCUUCUUGGCCGCCUUCGAGCAAGUGGCCGAAGCCUGUCAGUGGCCCCCAGAGGAGUGGGUGGCCCGGCUUUUGCCAGCCCUCCAAGGUGAGGCCCAAGGGGUCUACAGCCAACUUGGGGACACAGAGAAAGGCGACUACAAAGCGGUGAAGGCUGCUUUGUUGCUUUGGGAGGUUGCCAAGACAGAGCUCUGCCGACGCCGCUUCAGAGCCUUCCGCUGCCCAGAGGAUGAGGACGGGCCCAGCAGGAUUCACACCCGGCUCCAGGAGCUUUGCAACCAGUGGUUGCAGCCGGAGCGACGCAGCAAGGAGGAGAUGUUGGACCUGGUGGUUCUGGAGCAGUUCUUGGAGGUCCUGCCGAGGGAGAUCCAGGCCUGCGUUCGAGCCCAGGGGCCAGAGAGUGGCACCCAGGCGGUGGCUAUGGCAGAGGACUUCCUUGCCCGCCAUGGAGCAAGAUGGAUGGGUCAACCUGAGUUGGUCCCAGAUGUUGGGGGCAGAUCUGGGAUGGGAGAACAUCUGGAGAGCCAUAUGCCCAAGCAGAUAGCAGGGCAGGAAGCGGUGGCUAUGAAUUUGCAAGAGACUGCAGUGUCCUCCAGUGAAUCUCUGAAACAGAUCCAAGCAGGGAAUGCCAGCGGGAAGACCAGCUUACAGGUCGGAGAAAUACCGUCCGUACUGUUCCCUGGUGUGAUGCUUUCUGCCAUGGCAGACACAAAGCCCAUUGAGUUUCAGGAAAGCAGAGGACUGACAGAUGCACCUGCAGAGAUGGAUUUGAAUCCCACCGAAAGCCCCAUGUGUUGGGAAGUACAGCAAGGAAAUAAUGUGGACGCUGCUCCUUUGGGAGGGCUCCUGAUACCCAUACCUCAGGUCUCUGCUCUGCAGGCACUACAGAAAACAGUAUUGGCUAUAGGAUGCGACAACAGCUCCGCAGCUUUUCAAGGUGUCCACUUUGAUCCUGGAAAGCCACUGGCGAUGCAUGAGACUGAGCAGAUGAAGGAGUUGACUCCUAUAAGCGCACAGCCUCCAUCCGCCAUCGGCCUGCAAGAGAAAACUGUGAAGACCUCCAGACACAAGGAGUUCCCGUGUCCGCAGUGCCAAAGGAUUUUCCCUUAUAGGAGUCGUUUCAUCACCCAUUGGCGCACACAUACAGGCGAGAAGCCAUACAAAUGUAUGAAGUGUAAGACAUCGUUCGCUCGAAAGGAUGCCUUGGCCAGCCACAGUAAGACUCAUGCAAGGAGGCCAUUCCCCUCUUCAUAGUACAGUACAAGGAAACCUUGGUCUCAAAAGGAAGGUGGAUGAUUAGUUAAAAGUGGCACUUGGAAGAGAAAGGAAAGGAAAAAAUGCAAUGUUUCCCUAAGGGGGCAUCUGGAGAUUGGAGCCCCUCCUCAUUUCCUCAUUUUGCACUGCAAAUUCAUCAUCUGCUGGCUCAAGGAUUCUGGGAGCUGUGCUCCAAACCUCUGUCAUCUUUAAUAUAUAAGGUUCCCAAUUCUUCAGAGAUAUGUUGGAUGUGCUGAACAAUCUCUUACUUUUCUGCUGCUUGCAGAUUCUGCUACUGUCUGUGCAGCAGCAGUUUAAAAUACGAACUACGAUUUAGCGCUAGACAAUGGAUGGCAUAGAAGGGCACUCUUACUAAUUGCUAUAUGUCUAUUUUAAACCUUAACUACUCAACAUAUAAGCAUACGUUUCCAGUUGUUUUUAUAUGAAAUGUAGAUAUUUCAGAAGAUUCAACCAGAGAGACCCAGAAGCACAGGAAAGUUAGCAAAUUUAUUUAAGCCGGCUUUGCUUCAGGGGAAUCAUUUCUCAAAGCCUGAAGACCCCUUCAACAAGUGCUCCACCAUUUUAUAUGGAUUCAAACAAAGAGAUUCCUUUCUACAUCAUACGUUGGUUAAAAGAAAAGCUAUACAUAUAGAAAUCGUACAUUGAUUGGUUAACAUAGGCAUACAUUAAAAAUCCACGUGAGACCCUCGUGGACACAUUCCUAUCAGUUUCAUUUUAAACUCUGUGCCAUGAUGUUUUUAAGUGCAUUCCACACUUAAUUUAUGUUCUGUUCAAUGCCAGUCUUUAGACAUCUGGAAUGUUAUUCUGACCCCACUUAUCUAAACACCUCUCAGCCAGGGCUUUUUCUCUGAAUCUCUCUCUCUCAUUUUGACUGUUAGUAACAAAUAUAUUGAUUAAUAUUGAAUAUUUUGAAUAUAACUAUCACAUUCUCUGUACUGUUGUAACCUAAUGUGAUUCUUAAAUUUUGUAAAUGGUAUAUCCUUCUAUUGGUUUGUGACUGCAAAUAAAUAUAUACAUUGUACAGUUGGCCCUCCACAUUUCCCGUGUUGACUUUGGCAGAUUUUAUUAUUCACAUGGCUGGUCUAUGUCUUAGCUAUGGUCAACAGAAAAGUUGUGGCUCUUCUUAAUGUAAUAGGCUCAUUUUUUGUAAAGUAAAAUUUUAAUCUUUUGCCUUGCUGGCUAGAAAUCUUUAACUUGUAGGUGCCUCAGUAACAAUUUAUUCCUAAUUUCUGAUGACAAAGGACAGCUGAAUAAAUAAUGGGGAAG